AUGGAAACAAGUUACAAACCUCAUUCGUAUAGUCGCUCAACAGCGUUACCGAGCUUACCUCCAGGGAUCUCUUUGGCGCCUAUUGGUGGACAAGCAGGUCUAAAGCAGUGGGUUUGGGGAUUAUCAUCCACUCCGGCCCCGCACUAUUCCCCGGAAGCUAUUGAAUUUUGUCAAAAGCGAUGGGAAACAAAGUGGAGUUAUUACAAGAAGACACAGCAGGAGGAGCACUCGCUUUCAACGUUGGGGAAACAGGCGUUGUUCGCACAUGUCCAACAUCUGGAAGAAGAGUUAUCUAGGUUACAGUCUAGGUUCACCGAGAUGGACACUUCCGAGGCUUCAGCAGAAAUGGCAUGCGGAGUACAAUUUGUGCUUUCGUUGAUUGAAAGUCAAACACCCGCGCUUUUUAGACUUAAAGCGGCCGAGAUGGAUAGUGUGGCUGAACCUCUGGAAGUAUUAAAGAAUGAAGUCAAAUUAAUCGACCAAGUGUACCAGUUUGCUAUCCAAUCCCUAGAUACCAUCACAAGACUUCGUAUGCAACAAGUUCUCGAAAUGCGUGCGACAAUGGAUCCAGACCUAGAGUCGGCUCGUUCCAUCUCAGUUCGCUCGGAGCUCGAAGACCACAAAGGUGAUUCGGCCUCGGAUAGACGAGAGGCCUCCAUCCCAAGUGCAUCAAUUAAAGAGUCGUCAGGUCAGGAUAUGUCAGAUCCCGCUCCGGGUCCUUCUCGAAUCGUGCCCAACGAGCGAACAAUACCUCCAAAUGGUGUAGUGAUGGACGAAAAAGGGAUAAUACAAAGAGGGCCGAAUUAUUUCAGCUAUCCGCCGAAUACUAAUGGCACGGCCACUGUCACUCGUGGGUCAGACCGUCCACCAGUCCCAGCUCCACCUGUCACACAGGCCCUGAGUACUGCAGCGUCUCAUCGUGCCACUCUCCUCUCGCUCAGUGCCAUCUCCUUUUUUGGCGCUGGCAUGGCCUGGGCAACGGUAUUCUCGGGUACUCGUGGAGAUUUAGUACUCGUCUCAUGGGCAGCCAGUUGCUUUAUUGUCGCCACCGCAACUGCCGCAUGCGGAACAUCGCUGUUGGAUGCGGAUGGAACACUUGUCGAAAGGUUUAUGGCCGUUCGCUGGGCUGUUCGUAUCCUUUCUUUGUGUGCUACCAUCCAUGUUGAUACCUACUCCGGUAACCUACCGCCCCGUGCUCCAAGGGCAGAUGAUUUGUUUUGUGUUGGAAAGAUGAGGAACCAUGCGUACGUCGUCCACAAAAGGGAAGGUCUCGCCAAUGACCUCACAGCCAUCUCCACAAAAAUUGUCACACAUACUUUUCAUUCCAAUAACGGAACUUCUAGGAUCAUAUUGUGGCGCGCACUAGCGCGGAAGACCAUUGCCGACGGCGGUCCUGGUCGUGAGAUUGCAAGGAAGGAGAUGCGAGGCGGGCGCACUAAGACUAUCUUUGGUGUGUUGCCGCCCACCUUGGGACUCGCAUUAUUGACUCAUUCCCUGUUGAGGAAAAGCAUCCCGCUCCUUUUGGGAGCGCUUCUCCCGGUGGCUCAAGCUACACUUCGUCAACAUACUCUGACGGUCACCAAUGGCACAAGCAACGCCGACGGGCACACUCGUUCUUCGUUCCUAAUCAAUGGCCAAACUCCCGGGCCGCAUUUUGUCUGGGACGAGGGCGAUGAUGUUUCUGUGACUGUCAUCAACAACGCCGGUGACCCUAUUACUAUUCACUGGCAUGGAAUUGAGCAAUACGGAACACCUUGGUCUGAUGGCGUCCCCGGCCUGGCACAAUAUCCGAUCAGACCCGGCGAGAACUUUGUAUACAAUUUUACUCUCUAUCAAUCCGGCUUCUAUUGGUACCAUUCUCAUUACAAAAUGCAACUCGAUGAUGGUCUCAAGGGCACUAUAUAUAUUCGUCCGGACCCAAGCAAGCCCAAGCCAUUCAACCAAAUCUCCAAUGAUACAACUAUUCUCGGACAACUCAAGAACGCUGAACUCAACCCCUUGAUGCUUAACAUCUAUGAUUAUAAACAUUACACUUCGGAAUACUGGAUGUCCGAAUGGGAACGGACUGAUGUUGAGCAACUUUGUAUUGAUAACAUCAUCGUUAACGGCAAAGGACAGGUUCAAUGCCCUAAUUUGGAUGAAAUAACCGGCCUAGCCGCCUCAUAUCAGAAACCAUUGACUAAGAAAGGCUGCAUGUAUCCCAAUAACACACUAAUGUUCCCUUACUCGGACUCCAAGCCCUCAACAGUUGACCCAAAAAUGUGGUAUGAUUGUACAAACACAACUACGCCUUUUGAGGUUUUCACUGCCAAGGAAUCCGAUGGCUGGGUUUCAUUCAUUUUGCUAAAUAGUGGCGCACUUUGGGACCUGCGAGUGUCCAUCGACUCACACCAGCUGUACUUCUUCGCUGCUGAUGGCCACUACACCCAAAUUCAAGUUGCGACCUCAGUCCUUAUCCCUAUCGGCGAACGCUACCAGUUUUUCGUUAAACUUGACCAAACACCCGGAGAUUACAUCAUUCGUACUGCCGCGGUCGUACUGCCCCAACUCAUCAAUGGAUAUGCCAUCCUCUCCUAUACUAGUACAGGCACUACUGGCGCUGGUCUCGUCAGCGCUACUACUCUUCCGGCCACCAAGACCCCUUACAUCGACUACGCUGGCGGUAUCAUCAACGGCGGCGUUGACCUUAUAACCGCCAACCUGGCCCCUUAUCCUCCUAAUCCUCCUCCUCAAGGCAGGGCCGAUCUAACUUUGUCCCUCAAUGUGACACGUACUAGCGAGUUUGGAUGGGUUCUCAAUGGCAACACAUGGAAUCAGCCCGCCGAUGAUUAUACACCCCUCCUUUUCCAACCAAGCGAGAUCGCAUCCCUCGAUCCCAAAGUGUAUUUUUCAUACGCAAACGGUACCUUGGUCGAUCUUAUUUUCACUGUCACAGCUGGAGAUCCUGCAGCUCAUCCUCCUCAUCCUAUGCACAAGCACGGUGUCAAGGCUUGGUUGCUUGGCUCUGGUACUGGCGAAUUUCCAUAUGCGACCAUCCAAGAUGCUGUCGAUGCUGGGUAUAGCGGUAUCAAUAUUAAAAACCCUCCUCUACGUGAUGACUUCCCUACUCCUGGAGAUAUCACCGGAAAGGCAUGGAUGGCAGUUCGUUUCCGCGCUGUUGACCCGGGCCCAGUUAUUCUCCACUGUCACAUCGACCCCCACCUUGCGACUGGCAUGGUUAUCGUUCUGCUCGAAGGUGCUGAGAAGACUACAAGUGGCUAUGUCCCAAGCUAUUAUCUUGCCAAGAACAAACCGUGA